AAGAGUUUUAAGGUACUGAUAAAACUGAAAUUAAAUCGUCAUUACCCAUUAUCUCUUCUGCUUUGCUUUCGCUAUGUAUCACGAACUUUGACAUCAGCCGGCUAGAUCUGAUACGAAAUUAUGAAUGCUCAAUCAGCAGUAUCCGCUUUCAAUGCUGCGAGAUUAACGUUGUACUAAAGCUUUUAAACGGUUAAAAAUGAUCAAAAGGACGCUCGUGUUUGUGCUUUUGUUUGGUUUAGUGUGUUGUGAAGAAGAUGUCGCCCCACCCCAAGCCGAAGCUCAAAACCCCACCCUUCAAGGCCAAAAGAAACUCAGCGAGAACAUCAUGUCCAUCUUGGAGCACUACAAACAAGAGGACCCAGUCGGACUUCCCGGCGCCCCCAUCCCAGACCCGAUGGACAUUCCCGAAUUCUCGCACUCCUUCUCAGUGGGCAGGAUGAAUUUCAAAAACGUGAAGAUGUACGGUUUGAAGAGGUUCAAGAUUGAUCACAUCAGUGUUGAUGUAAACGCGUUGAAAGUCGAAGCGGAGUUGGUGAUUGAUAAGCUGGAUGUUAGGGGAAAUUAUACGUUAAGUACCUGGCUGUCUAGGUCUGCUGGGCCUUAUACUGUCAAGCUAACCGACGUGGACAUCGUAGCUAUAGCAAGGCUAGAAGUCAUAAGAAAUGGUUCAUUGGAAGCCCAAGAAAUUGAUAUGGAUAUACGCUUCAAAGAUAUCGCUAUGGAUUUUCAAAACCUAGGAUUCUUUGCCAACAUGUUCCAAGGUAUGAUGAACUCAGUCGGAACCAUCGUUUUCGACUCCAUCAAGCCAUUUGUGCUUGCCGAGGCUAACACAAACAUAAGAAAUGAUGUCAACAAAGAAGUGCGCAAAAUUCCAAAAACGUUCCCGAACUCGAUAUCGCCUCUGGACGAUGUCAUGCACGAAAUCAGGAAAAAAGUCAGAGGAAUGGGCAUGGACCCUUAUAAGAUCCCGGACUACAACAAUAGCGUAGGCGUCUUCGACAUCUUCCUUACUCAUACGUGGCUGUAUGGGCUAGGCUCCUUCCACAGAACGAAAGAUGUCAAGUUUGAAUUUAGAAACAGAACGAUCCGUGCCCUUUUAGAAGUUGGUACGGGAACCAUCAAAGGCACUAGCAAUUGGGAGAUCUCUCUGGUGGCCGGCAUUGUCACUAGAUCUGGAUCGGUAGCUUUCAGCGUUGAUUAUAUCAGGUCACAAAUCAACAUAAGCCAAAGCCUUGCCGAAGAUGUACCCCCAUCUCUAGACGACAUACAAGUAGAGUUGGGAAAUAUCCAAAUAAGGUUCGACGGACUUGGAACUGUAGAUUACGCGAUAGAAUUCGGAGUGAAUGUCCUGCCUAAUCUUUUGCGAUACCAAAUCAUGGAUGCCUUGGAAACGCCUAUAAAGAUGAAAAUCCAAGAAGCCUUAGACCAGGUCAAUAUGAACAAGAUAAUACACGAGAAUGCUGAGAAGCUAGAUAAUAUGAAGAUCGAGGAACUUCAAAACUUAUAGUGUAUAUAAAAAUUAAUUUUAUAUGUAUAAUUUAGUUACAGUUGUUCAAGUGAAUAAACGUUCAUUUCUUGAUUUCUUGAAUUUGA